GGCGCGGCUGUGCCGCCGGGUGCCGGCAGUGACAGCGCCGCUGCCAUGGGCUGGGGCACCCGUCUGGGCCUCCUGGGCGGCCUGGCCCUGUGGGCGCAGCGACGGCGGGCAGCGGCGGUCGCCGCCCAGGACGACGGCGGCGGCGACAGGGAGCGGCGGGACCUGGAGCUGAAGCUGGUGCAGGUGGUCUUCCGGCACGGGGCGCGCACCCCGCUACGGCCCCUGCCGGGGGCAGAGCCGCAGGUGGAAUGGCAUCCCACCCUUUUAGAUGUGCCAGCUCAGACUAAGUUUGAUUACAUGGUGACUGACCUGAAUGGAGGGCCUCGACCUCCCUCGCCCUAUGAGAAGCAGUACCAAAAGACCACGUUCAAGGGUGGUGCAAUUGCAGGACAGCUGACAGCAGUAGGGAUGCAGCAGAUGUUUGCUCUGGGGGAAAGGCUGAGGAGAAGCUAUGUGGAAGAAGCCAACUUUCUCUCACCAACAUUUAAGCCUGCUGAGGUCUUUAUCCGUUCCACUAAUAUUUUCCGGAAUCUGGAGUCCACACGGUGCCUGCUAGCUGGGCUGUACCAACAGCAGAAAGAAGGAUCUGUUGUCAUUGUCACUGAUGAAGCAAGCUCUGAAAUCCUCUACCCCAAUUACCACAACUGCCAGCGCCUGAAAUGCUUGAGCAGGCAUAAAUUGAAGAGUGCUCUGCAACAGCCAGGUAUCUCUGAUGACUUGAAAACAAUUAAGGAGAAGAUGGGUAUUGAUGGUGAGAAGUCUGUGGAUUUUUUUCUCCUCCUUGAUAACAUUCUUGCUGAGCAGGUGCACAAUUUGCCAAGCUGCCCUGUGCUGAAGAACUUUCAGCAGACAGUUGAGCGUCGAUCUGUUGACUCAAUUCUUUUCCUUCUGGAAGAUGGUUCGAGAGAAAUUCUUCAGAUGAGUGUUGGUCUCCUUUUCUAUACCUUACAGAAGAACAUUACAGAAGCAGUAGAUCCCUCAUCUCCAGCUGAAAAGGCCAGAAAGCUCAUUCUCUAUGCUUCUCAUGACAUUACCCUUAUUCCUCUCCUGGUGGCACUGGGCACCUUUGAUCGCAAGUGGCCACCUUAUGCUGCAGACGUGACCCUGGAACUGUAUCAGCACCAGCAGUCCAAAGAGUGGUUUGUUCGCAUGUCUUACCAUGGAGAGGAGCAAGUGGUGAAAGGAUGUAGAGCAAGUCUCUGCCCACUCAAAGAAUUUCUAGAAGUUCUUUCACAGUACUCAGUCAGUCCGGAGGAGUACAAUAACCUGUGUUCCCAAAUGGAGGGGAAUCAGCAAACUCACUCAUAAAAUACUUGUCUUAAAUUAAAAUUAGUUUAUUGUCACAA